UUGAUCGAGAAAGUGUUAUUGACUCUUCCAAUACGACUAGUUAAACAAAGCUGCCCCAUUAUUUCGUCGUCGUUUUGGAAACUCCCCUAAUUUUGAAUAUUUUUCGCCAUUCUAGGGUUUCAUGAUACGUUUUCAGCGAAUCCCUUCACCACGGCAAUUGGAAGUGAGAAACUUUUGGGGUUCUUUAGAUACUCAAGAAUUAAUCAAAUUGAUGAAUUGGGUUUUAUUCUUUGAUGAUUUUGAGCCUGUUUUUAUCAAAAAGAGGUCAUCUUUUUGCUCGAGGUUUUCACGUGGGUAAGCAAUUCUCGAACCCAAACACUGAAGAUAUUGUUUUCAAAGCCAUUUGUGUCAAUUUGAGGCAAAGAAAAUGGAAAUAUCUGGAUCAAAUAUCGUCGAGUCUCACAAAUUCAAUAGUGAGUCGCGUUGUUCGUGAGUUUCGAACCUCGCCGGAGCUAGCUUUGGAAUUUUUCAGUUGGGUUGGAGAGUACAAAAGGUUUUCUCACUCAUUAGAAUCUUGUUGUACUAUUAUUCAUGUGGUGGUGAAUUGUAGGAGAUUUGACGAUGCCUUGUCUUUGAUGAAGAACUUGAUGCAAACAAUGGGUUAUUCUCCAUUGGAGGUUUUGGAAGGUUUGGUUUGUAGUUAUGAGGCGUGUGUGUCGAGUCCCGCAGUGUUUGAUGCUCUAAUUAGGGCUUGUACUCAAAUUGGGGUCACUGAGGGUGCAUUUGAAGUGAUUAAGAAGUUGAGAAUAGAGGGUUGUUGGGUUUCUAUCCAUGCAUGGAACAACUUAUUGAACCAUCUUUUGAAGUUGGAUGAGGUUGGAAGAUUUUGGAAGGUGUACAAGGAAAUGAUUUCCUAUGGGUAUUUUGAAAAUGUGAAUACUUUUAAUUUGGUUAUUUAUGCUCUUUGUAAAGAAUGUAAAUUGCCUGAAGCACUUUCAGUGUUUUAUGGGAUGUUGAAGGGUGGAAUUGUACCGAAUAUUGUUUCUUUCAACAUGCUCAUAGAUGGAGCCUGCAAGAUGGGGGAUAUUGAUCUUGCUUUGAAGCUUGUUCAGAAGAUGGGAGUCAUGUCAGGGGAUUGUGUUAUGCCCAACCCAGUUACUUACAAUUGUCUUAUCAAAGCUUGCUGCAAAUUAGGGAGACUGGAACAUGCAGAGGAAAUUCAGAAUGAAAUGGUUAAGACGGGUAUCGAGCCCAAUGUAAGGACAUAUGCAACUUUGAUUGAUGGGUAUUCGAGAAAUGGGAGUUUGGAGGAAGCAUUUAGUUUGUGUGAUGAUAUGGUGAGAAGGGGUGUGGUGCCGAAUGCGGUGGUUUAUAAUACACUAAUCCAUCAGCUUUACAUGGAAAGAGAUACGGCAGGAGCUUCCUUUUUAUUGUCUGACAUGAUUAAUAAUAAGAUCUGCCCUGAUCGAUUCACUUACUCUAUUCUCAUGAAGGGUCUUUGCGAAAAUGGAUACAUGAAUGAAGCUAUUAAAUAUCACAAGUGGAUUGUAGAAAAGAAUCUUGUUGAGGAUGCUUUUACACACAAUAUUCUAAUAAAUUAUCUUGUUGAAAACAAGAAUAUAGCAGGAGCAAAGCAAUUGUUGGGCAGCAUGUUCAUCAGGGGUUUGAUUCCUGACCUUGUCACAUAUGGUACUUUGAUUGAUGGGCACUGCAAAGAAGGGAACAUAGAAAGUGCAGUUCAGGCUUAUGAUGAUAUGAUAAAGGUGGAGAAAAGAUCUAACUUGGUAAUAUACAAUUCAAUCAUAGACGGUCUAUGCAAAGAGGUAUCAGUAGAUGUAGCUAAACUUUUGGUUGAUGAAUUACGGAGGAUGGGUGUAUCAUUAGAUAUUAUAACUUACAACACUUUGUUAUAUGGAUAUUGUCUCAGUGGAAAGAUUGAAAAUGCAUUAGAUUUGUUUUCAGAAAUGAGGAAGGAAAGGAUUUCAAUGAAUAGAGUUACUUACAAUAUUAUGAUCAACUUUUUGUGCAAGUUUGGGUGUAUUGAGCAAGCAAAGGAGCUUACGGAGCUGAUGGUCCUUCAGUCUUUGGAUCCAGAUUUUGUUACAUACACAACUCUUCUUACGAAUAUCAGCAAGAACAGAAGUUCAGAGGAAGUAGUUGAAAUGCAUGACCAUCUGGUGCUUAAUGGUACAAUUCCUGAUAGUCAAACAUACAAGGCCAUUGUUAGCCCGCUUAUUAGAGAAGAAAGUGUGGAGCCCACAAGACAAACUGACUGCUUACUCAACAUUGCCUGAUGUAUUUACAUUCAUAUUAGCAUUCUUGUUCGAGCAUGCUCCAAAUUGGUCCGGUAAAGGAUGAGCCAAUCAGUCAGAUAGGGAAUGAUGCAUAUCUCCUUCAGCCAGUUUGUAUCUAUAUCCUAAGUAUGUACCUUUUCUUCUCUCAAAAUGCAUCGAGUUUCUACUUUUCAAGUUCUGAUUAAAUCAACCAAAACGUUUGCAUAUUUUUAGAGAAAGUUGCCUUGAAUUCAUGGUCUCAAUGUGCUAUACUCAGAAAUUUGGGAGGUAGUUUAGAGGUUGAGUUUCUAUGUUUGCAUCAUGUCCAUUACAAGAUCAGCUUCUUCCUGUUAAUUGAAUCUGUUGUUAGCAUCUUUUUAUAAACUCUUUAGCUGAUUACUGGACUCCACUUCUUUUGAAUUUCUACUUGUUCUUGGAGCGCCUUCAAUUGUAUCAAAUCACCCCUCAUAAGUUGACUUCUUCCUGUACUGUCCUCAUUUGUGCUAUGACUGUCUUGUCAUGACGAAUAUAAAGAAUAUAGGAAUCAAGAGAAAAAAACAAUUACGGGAAACUGCUGAAGAAAUGGAUCAAUAAAAGCCUCAAAGAAGAGUGGUGGCAUUUUUCUCAGAAGAUGGGAGAGUGCCGUUAGUAGCAGUGUUUAGGCCUUCAUAUUCAACAUGUGCUGUCAUUUUAAGUGCCAUAAUCGGCCUCUUAUUACUCGGAUCAUAUAGAUCAUUAUAAAUUAUAAAUCAGAUGUCUAUCUUCUCUAAAGUUGAUACCAGAUACAUGUGUAAUUUAGAUUUAUCCCUAACAGAAAUCCUGCAGUUCUCACUGUUUGUCUGUUUUUUGCUGCAUUGUGUUAUAUUUUGUGUAUGUAUGUGGUUAGAGAGAUGGGUUUCCUUUUUGUUGCUAAUCAAACAACUUGCCUGAUUCAUGCAUGCUCUGUUAUUGGCAAAUUCCUCUGGGAGUUAGUUCAUGGAAGGGUUAUUUUACUUUGUCUGGCACAUCCUCAAAGAAUUGGUAAGAAUGAGAGAAGCAUACCUUCAGGCAGUGGACUUUUCUCCUAAUUGUAUUUCAACUUCAAAGUAACACUGUUUGAGAAGUUUACAAUUUUAGACAAUUUUUUUUUUAGGAUUUCCCUCCUAAUUGGCAUCUUCCAAAUCAGCAUUUUCUCUUGGAUUUGUUAGAUAGAGCCAAAAGAUUUGCUAUCGGCUAACUGUAAGCCAUUUUGUUGGGUUCCAAAUUGGCAUUUUCCUUAUUUAUUUA